AUGCCUCGUCUCUACCAUAGGUCUCAGCUUGCGCUGCACAUCAAGCGGGCCAUUUGUGCCCAUCAUCAGGCAAACCCUCUGCUGCGCCACGUGGACCUCGCACGAUGGUGUUUCACGCGUUUUGGUGUGAGGCCCGACCGUUCGACCAUUGGUCGCGUUCUCAAAGGCGCCGACCGGUGGGACGUUCCUGAUGACGCCGUGGACGCCAUUCGCGUCCGCGGCGGGGCAUACCCCGCCCUGGAGCGCUCGAUGGCACGAUGGAUUUCGAAUGCAGGCCCCGUUGGCGUCCCUCUGACCCUCGCCACUAUUCCCGACCAUGUUGCGACGAUGGCGCGUGCGAACGGCGUUCCGCCGACUUUCCGUUGCUCCAUCGGCUGGGUCCGCCGUGCGCUGCGUCGCCAGGGAGUACGGUGCAUGAGCGCGGUCGGCGAGGCGGCCGACCAGGAUCUCAACGCAGUGCGCACCACUAAGGAGAAGCUUCCUCAGCUUCUCAUGCAUCUCGGCGUGCGCCCGCGUGAUACUUUCAACUUCGACGAGACUGCGCUGUAUAUCAGCGUGCUUCCUCGCAAAACGUACGGCACGGGCAGGUCGGCCGGGCGGAAGGUUUCGAAGGACCGCCUGACCGUCGGCUUCUUGGUUAAUGCGGACGGGACGCACGCAUUCCGUCCGCUUGUCAUCUCCAAGGCUAAGCGGCCACACGAUUUCAGGCCGGAUUUCGACCCCGAGGAGUAUUGCUACUGGCGCAACACCGCUAAGGGGUGGAUGACCAAAGCCGCUGGGGGUGACAUUGGCCUGGACGAGGAGCUGAACGACGUAGGCGUUUUAAUCGAUCGACUCGGCCUCGGGCCGUCCGCGCUGCCUGCUUCCGAGUUCGUCGGAAUUGACGACAACCAGCCGACGUGCGCCGAGCCGGGCGAGGACCCCCUGGCGCGGGAGCCGGCGUCGGCGCAGACGGCGAAUAUGUGGGAGGCGCCGGCGGCGACGCAAGUGGUGUACGACGAUAACAACCCUGCGACGCGUGAAGCUCGUCGCACUGCACGCGCUGCCUGCGAGAUGCUCAUUGGGUACGCGCGUGCGACGUGCAUCACGCCGAGAGAUUUGUGCGCGCUGUUUGACAUCCGCAACCCCAUGAUCAUCGCGCGGAUGGAGCGUGCAAGCCCGGCACUUAAUCUUAACGCUACUCCGCCGCCAGCGCCGACACACGAGGACACCCUGCCGGCUGAGACUCCACGUCGCCGCGGUCGCCUUUUGCCGGCGUGGAUGGCGGUGCCGACCCUUGACUGGGUUGCCCAAUCUGCUCGCCGGCAGGAGCUUAUCGACGCUGGCGCUCCCGCCGUGAUGAGCGGAUAUCUCGCUGCGGCAGAGUGGAUGAGGCUGUGA